AUGGCUUCAACCAUGCAUCUGACACUUGUGCUUCUAUGCCUUGUCGUCAGUCACGCUCAUGGGUCAAGCCGCGUCCUCCGAUGGUCUGACGAUUCGGAUGCCUCGCCGUCGACGACAAGUUGCCCGUCGAUCACUUCAGCUCUGUCUGACUACUCCGGCCACGCCAGCGUCAAGUACGUGCCGCUGGUGACCAACCCGACUGGGCCCAACUUCUACUACGUCGACCUCGUUGCCAUCGCCAUCAACGGCAAGGACCUUCUUCCGUUCCCGCCAGCCUUGUUCAGGGGCAACGGGACGAUGAUCGACUCGCAGUCGGCGUUCACCUACCUGAACAAGCCCAUCUACGCUGCUCUCCGCGAAGAGUUCAGGAAGGCGAUGGCGCAGUACCCACCGGCGCCUGCGUUCAGCGAUCUUGACACGUGCUACAACUUCACCUUGACCGAGUACAUCUACCUCCCGAACAUCACUUUCAGGUUCGGGAACGGCGAGACCAUGGACCUCGACGACAGGCAGUUCAUGUACUUCUUCCGCGAGCACCUCAUCGACGGCUUCCCCUUCGGGUGCCUCGCGUUCGCGGCAGCACCCGACGAGAAUUUCCCCAGGAACUUCAUUGGAACCCAGGUGCAGCGGACCAAGGAAAUCGUCUACGACGUGCGCGGUGGCAAGGUUGCCUUUGUCCCCAGCCGUUGCGGCUUGCGUUGA